AUGCGAAAAUAUUCAACUCUUCCCAUCAUCUUGUUCAAUUCACAUGACAAUUCAAUGUUUAGUUAUCAGUAUUACACUCACUGUUUAUUUACAAUAACACCCAGUGAAAUUCAAACAGGAACAUUGUCUCGCAACGACUUUCACAUCUCGAUUAGGUUUCAUCCCCGAUGUUUUUACCCUCGUGUGUUUGGAUCCCAUUUUCAACAUUCUUGUCAGUGA